GCCACGCCCGCCGAUGAGCUGCCUGAUAGGUACGUGGCCGUGCACCUGCGCUUCGGGGACCAAAUGUUCAACGGCUCGAACUUCCAGCCAGACAGCCAGAUCGUGCUGAGGGCAUUGCGCUGCGCCGCGGAGCUGGGCAGGGCGCUGCUGGGCACCGGGCCCAGCUGGGGCAUUUUUUUCGCGUCGGACUCGGCAGAGGCGAGGCGUCUCGCGUUGGAGCACGGCCUCUCCAAGGCCGACGUGCCGCUGGUGUUCGAGUCCCACUGGAGCCCAGUGCACAUGGACCAGCGGACGAAUUAUCUCGGCAUGGAGGAGGACGCCGCCCAGCGCCUCUGGGGCUCGCUGGCGGACUUCCUGCUCCUCGCGCGGGCGCGCGGCCUGGUGCAGUGCUUCUCCAAGGAUCCGUGGUGCGGGGUCGUCAACGGCUUUCUCCAUAGCGGGUUCAGCCUGGUGGCAGCGCAGGAGAGCAUGCUCCCGGCCGAGAACUUCCGGCUGGUCACCUCCGUGGACAGCUGCAGCCAGGAGGAACUGCCAAUGGUGUAA